AUGAAAAAUUAUUUUAUUGUUUUUUUAUUUCUUUUAAAACUAUUAUUAUUAUUUAAUUGUUGUAAUUCACAAGUUUCAAUUGGAGAAUUAUACAAUGAUGACGAAAUAGAUUCAAAAUAUUCUGAUGGACAAGGUAACUACCACUUUAAAUUAAAUUAUUUUCCAACAAGCACAAAUUCAAAUUACAAUGGUGAAGAAUUUUUAAGUUUAGAAAAAAGUGCCUCCAUAAGAGCAUAUAGGUUAGCUCAAAGUUGUACAUUAAUUGGCGCAUCAGUUAAAAUAGAGGAUUGUCAAUUCAUUGGACCAUCUCCAGCCUAUAAUGGUCUCCCCUAUUCAAUCGUUAUAUCAUCAGAUCUAACAUUAACAAUUGCAGGUUCAAUAAAAAAUAUUCCAAUUCUUAUUGUCCAAGGUCGUCUAAUAUUGCAUCCAAAUUAUAAUGUAACACUUUCAUUCUAUAAGAUGCAAAUCUUAUCACGUGGUACUUUUGAAUCUGCACCAAAUCAAGGAGUUAAUCAUACUAUCAUUGUAGAAAGAUCACCUAAUGAUCUCCAAAUUGAUCCAUGGGAUAGAAAAGAUAUUCCAUCAAUACUAUCACUUGGUGGUAAUGUUACGAUUAGAGGUUUCGAUUCAAGUUCAACAUGGACUGGUUAUAAUGUAGCAAAUCGAACAUCAUUCAUUAGAUCUUUUCCAUUCACAAAUAAUUUACCAAUUAUCAAGCUCUAUGGUCAUAAAAGUUUGUAUACCGGUUUAGACCAAUAUAUUAGAUUGGACACUUAUUUCACUGAAUAUAUGAAAGACUACGGCGUUGGUAAAUAUGCAUAUUCACCAGAAGGUAGCAUUAAUUGGCAGUAUCAGAAACACGCCGUUGGUAAUAUAUUAGUACAUCCAUGGAAUAAAAAUGUAUGGAUCAAAGGUAUGGGUAGUUGUUCAAUGGUUUUCACUGGUUCAUCAACUGUAGAUAUUCAAAAUUCAGUAAUCCUCGAUUUUGGUGAUACAACAUCAUCACCACUCAAUUCAAAUAGUAAUAUUCCAAAUAGAUAUCCCAUCACAUUAUAUCACAAUAAAAAGUUUGUCAAAAUUGAAAACAAUUGUUUUCUCCCAGCACUUUUCACAAGAGUACCACAACAAAGCUCAACACCUAGAUCAUUCAUUGGUGCGAUUCGUUCAUUUGGUAAUAUCAUUGGUAAUUCAUUCAUAUUGUCUGAAACAAACAUUGGUGGUACUGUCUAUAGUAUGAGUGGUAUAUCAUUAUUAUAUGGCACUGAACAAUUUAAUAUUAGCUUCAAUUCAUUCAUGUCAAUUUAUCCAAAUAGCUCAUUAAACAAUCCAAUUUCAUCAAGUAGACAAUAUCCAGAUAAUAUCGAUUAUAUCAAUAGUGGUAUUAUUACAACUUCACCAUACUCAUUUUAUGAAUCAAAUGUAUUUGAAGGUGGAUUCAAAGGUAGUUCAAUUCAAAUUAUUCCAUUACAAUCAAGAUCAACAAUUGCUGGUUUAAAUAGUGAUAGAUUAUUAGGUGUUUACAAUGGAUAUGAACAAUCAAAUCUCAAUGAUAAAGUAACCAAUAGUAUUUGGAAUAAAGUUAUUUUCAAAGAUAAUGCAUUCUUUGGUGAAUCAGAAUUUCGUGUUACAUAUCCAAUGUCAUUACAACCACCAAUUAAAAUCAACUUUUUAAGAGGUUGGCAUAUUAAUCAAAGACCAUCAGAUGUUUUACCAUUUAAUGAAGCAAAUGUCGAUUACUCAUAUGAUUCCUCUUUUGUUGCCAAUGGUUUAACUAAAUACGCUUGGUAUAGUUUUUCAAAUAUUUUUUCAGGUAAAUGUAAUAGUGUUUCAUUUUCCAAUUCAGAUUUAUCAUUUUCCACUUCAUUAUUUUCAUCUUCAUUCAAAUGUAAUUAUAUUUCUAUCGUUGAUUCAAAAUACAAAAUAAAUUUACAUGAAGGAGAUAAUAGUUCAACCAUUUUUAAAAGAUUCACUGAUCAAGUAUACUUUUCAAAUCUUAAUGGUUCUAAAGAUGCUAAAAGUUUGGCACAGUUAAAUGAAUUUACACCUUUCCUCAACAUAUCACCAAAUAAUAGUCAAGCAAUAACUCAAAAUAAUUUUACUCUUUCAUUCCUUCCAAGUUCUAUAAGUUCAUUUGAAAGUUUAAAUCAAUCAAUUGAAGCCAUCGUUGAUGGUGUUUAUCAAAAUGUUACAUUAAUUACUUUGCCAUUUGAUCCAAUUCAAUCAAUGCCUAUUCAAUUACCACCAUCUACUUCUAGUUUAUAUACAGUGGUUUUAUCAUCGAAAUUGUCACUACCAGCUAGUCUUAACUUGAGCCUUCCAGAAGUAGGAUCUUAUUUUGCAAGUACUUAUCUUUUAGAUAACAAUGCAAAAAAUUUCUACCUUGGUAUCGAUUUAGCACCAUCCGAUAGUAAUACACCACGUAAACUUUCAGUAAAUGGUAAAGAUUGGACAAGAUGUGAUUGGAUUCAAUCAUUAAAUAAAUGUACAACCUCUGGUAUGUUCUCAUUGAGUUCUGUUGAUAUUCCAUUUGGAACUGGUAGUGGUGGUCAAGAUGAAAUUUCAAUGAUUAAAACUUACCUUGGUAAUGAUGUAACCAAUGGUAUUCCAAGUACACUCAAUAUAUCAUUAGCAGGUCCACAUUCAUACAAGUUUUAUUUAUAUUCAUUUAAUUCAGAUUGGACAGAUUCAAUCAUUAAUCCAACACCAUUAUUUUCAAUUAAAAUCAAUGGUAAAUAUCAAGAACCAAUAACAAGAUCAGCACCAAUAUAUCUUCAAUCUAAAAGAUAUGGUCCAUUCUAUUGGAAUAAUAUUAAUUCAAAUGAACAAGUUUUAUCAAUUGAUUGGGCAACUGAUAAUAUUAAAUAUUCAAUUCCAUUAUCUGGUAUUGAAAUUUAUUCAAGUAUUCAAACUCCAUUCUCAAUCCCAUAUUAA